GGCACCCAAAAGGCAACUCUCUCGAAGUAAAAAAGAAUAACUCUUAAAAAAAGAGCCGUCUCUCCACUAAUGACUUCUCCCGAUUCCCACAUCCUGAGAAGAAGAAGGAUCCUCUCUGUCUUGCCUACCUUGCGCACCAGCAUCAAACCACUGCCAGCAUGGAGAAAGAUGUCAAACCAAGUGAAGAUCCAUUAAGCGUGGUUAACUCAUGUAUCGAAAGCUUAGAAAAAUUAGUAAAUUUAAAGACAAGCUCUGACCGUGCUUUGUAUGUUGGAUCCAUAGAGAGAUUACAACAUGCUGUUUGCUCAGAAGACAGUGCAAUGAAGCAUUUUGUAUCCAGUUACAGUGGAGGUAUACCACUUCUGGUUGCAAUAUUAGAGAAAAGUCAAGAUCAGCAUAUAAGGCAUUUUGCUGUUUUGAUUAUAGAAAAGAUGCUAUUACAUAAAUCAGGAGGAAAUGAGCAUGCACAAGCAUUUGUAUUCCAUGGUGCUGUGGAUCAUUUAUUGAAACUUAUAGUCAAAUGCCAAUUGUCUUGGGGAGAUGAUUUUAUUUCUUCUCUUUAUAAAGUAACUGCUAGAAUUGGAGAUGAAGACAAAAAGUUUGCUGUGAAGGCCAGAUUCCUUGGUGUCCUUCCUGUAAUUGUAACACAUAUUAGAACUUACGCAAAAAGAUACAAAGUACUGAAUACAAUAAUGAGACUCUUGAAGAAAAUCAUGGCUAGUUCUGUAAAUGCCACAAAGCUUUGUAAAGAUGGGCUACCAAGAGAACUUUUACAUUUCUUAGAUGAACCCAAAAAAAUGACAAUCAUUCCAGUUCUGGAGGCCAUUUCAGAAGCAACUCGAACAAGACAUGCAGCUCGUCAGUUUGUAAAAGAUGAUGUUAUUUCUAGAGUUUUGCAGAUUAUAUUCAGUACCAAUGCAGCUGGCUGUAAUAGAAUUAACAGCUCUAUUUGUAAAACUGGCUUAAAAGUUCUAGUCCAUUUAACUCAAAUAAAAAUUGGCCGUGAAAAAUUACUUUCUGCUGGAACCAUUCCAUCAUUAUUAUCUUGGUGUCGAACUUUGUUGGAAAUUCCUGGAAAUCGCUACAAUACCUUGGUCUCUUUGGUAAGCAAUGUCAUUCAGCGAUGUUUACCUCCUCGGCCUCUGCCUGUGAAAAAAUUAAACAAUCCUGUUAAUUUUUCAUUUUCUGAAAGCUAUAACCACAAUGAAUCAGAUAGUUCAGAUGGCAAAAAUGAUGAUACUUUAAGCUUAGCAUCUUCUACGAUGUCAUCUGCAGAUAGUGCAAGUGAUUCUGAUGAGCAGGAGAUGCGACCUCUUGAUCUUGUUGAAUCAUCAUAUGGGGAAUCUGUGGAACAUUUUGCUGUGUUUUUCGAUGAAAUGAAUGAAACUCAACAAAUAAAGCCUCAUUUUGCUGCUGGAGAUGAUAUGCAAAGCGAAGAUUUCAAAGAUGAUUUCUAUGACAAAUAUGUUUCUUCACCAGUGAUUGAAUUUAAGGAUCUAAAGCUUACUUCUCUUAUUCCAAAAUUGGUACCAAAACAGCCUUGUCCACCUCUAACCAAAAAAGAAAUGCAACGCAAAAUUCGGAAACCAACUACUGAAUUAUCUCACUGCAUGAAAGAACGUCAGCCAAAAACUACAUCAGUGACUACUCUUGCUUUAUGUGGGCAAGGUACUUGUGGCAAACCCCCAGCCAAGCGAGCUAAUCUAUCUGAUACAACUUGUGAUAUAAAUGCCAUUCCAUCUUCUCAAUUAAAUGGUGAUAAAAACUGUCAAUUACUUCGUUUUGAGCGACAACUUCUCUUGGAAAGUGCCAGAGAAGAGAGCAGGAACCAAAAGUUUAUUGAAAAUGUUAGCCUGUCUGAUAUUUAUCAUAAACAGUCUUUUUCAACUGUCUCUGUUUCCCCAUUGGUAAAACUUGCAUACCCAGAUAUCAUGAAUUACUCAUCUGAUAUCAAGCUUGAAACACCUUUAUUGAAACAAGAUCCUUUCCUAUUAAGGUUCGCAUGUAGUGGUGAUUGUCAACUGCUGUGGCACAAAAUUUACAAAUAUUGUGAAGAAAUGGCUCAGAAUGAUCGUUUUUAUACAGAAAUUUAUAAUCUUGAUACUUUGAUGAAUGAAAGCUCCUCAAAUUUUGGAUCUUCAGUCAAUAUUGAUCAUCAUCGCAUUCAAAGUGAAAAACAAUAUGAGCAUCUUCAAUUUGAAGCAAGAUUUGAAAGUGGGAAUCUCAGAAAAGUUUUUUGGAAAGGGGGAGAAGAAUAUGAUCUCAUACUAAAUCCAGAUAUUAAUUCCAAGGGCCAUAUACAAUGGUUUUAUUUCGAAGUGUCUGGUAUGAAAGCUAAUUGCCCAUACACAUUUAACAUCAUUAACAUGGAAAAGUCUACUAGUCAGUUCAAUGAAGGUAUGUGUCCAGUAAUGUUUUCUGUAAGAAAUCAUAUGGAGAAAAAGCAAGGUUGGAUUCGAGCUGGAUCUGACAUCUGCUAUUUUCGAAAUCAUUAUACUCAAGGCCCUUCAACUAACUCCAUUCUUCGUAACAAGCCUUAUUACACUUUAACAUUCACUGUUACUUUCGAACAUACAAAUGAUGUCUGCUAUCUUGCCUAUCACUAUCCUUAUACCUUUACAACACUUCAGACACAUCUUUAUUAUUGGUUAAACAGUUAUGAUACAACAUCAAUAUAUUUUAAGAAAGAUGAAUUAUGUAGAACUUUAGCUGGAAACUCAGUUCCUCUAUUGACAAUAACAUCAAAACCACUAGACACCAAUCGUCCAUAUAUUUUUCUAACUGCCAGAGUUCAUCCUGGAGAAAGCAAUUCUUCUUGGGUCAUGAAAGGAUCAUUAGAUUUUCUACUUUCAAACAAAGCCCAAAAACUGAGAGAUAGCUAUAUUUUUAAGGUUGUGCCAAUGCUCAAUCCUGAUGGAGUAAUAAAUGGAUGUCAUCGACUUUCUCUGUCUGGUCAAGAUUUAAAUCGCCAGUGGAUUACCCCUAAUGCGCAUUUACAUCCUACAAUAUAUUAUACAAAAUCAUUAUUCCAUUACUUGGCAUCUAAAAGUAAAAAACCUCAGGCAUUUUGUGAUUACCAUGGGCAUUCUCGUAGAAGCAAUGCAUUCUUUUUUGGUUGCAAUCCAGAACAAUCCUGGUGGCCAAGUGAUGAAACAAAGCCUGACUGUGAAAGUUUUAAGAUACUUCCUAUUUUGAUGGACGAAAUGGCGCCAACUUUCAGCCUAGAGGAUUGUGAUUUUACUAUUGAAAGGUGUCGUGAGUCUACUGGAAGAGUUACUGUCUGGAGGCAAUUUGAUGUUGCUCUGAGUUAUACCUUAGAAUGUUCUUAUGGAGGUUGUAGUCAAGGAAAAUAUGCUGGUUAUCAUAUGGGUAUUCCACAACUCGAAGAUACUGGAAUGAAAUUAUGUCAGUGUUUUGGAAAACUAGUGAUUGAUGCUCACAGCAACCGAGUAUGGAGUUCUAUACCUAUAGAUGUGAAAUCUUUUCCCCUUUCAAGCUUUGAGAAACCAUCCAGAUCUAAAUUUUGUACUUCAUCUACUUCUACUGAAACUGAUGAUGAAUUUGAUGACUGUGAUGAAGACGAGCAAACAAUAUGAUUAUAGUUUGAACUUAUGUAUAAUAAUAUAGGCAGAAUAAUAUUAUCUAAAUUUAUAUAAGUUCAUCAUUUUCUACUUAUUAAAUAUUAAAUAAAAUUCUAUUAUAUUUGGAAUGUAUAUUUUAUUUCAUUAGAAUUUAUUUGUAUUAAGUCGUAACAAAUGUGCACAAUGCGAGCCCAUGAGUAAAUACAAUGUAUUACUAAAUGAAAUAAAUUUUUAACAGUGUUUAUAUUCACUAGAAUGUCAUAUUCAGUGUUUUCAAAACUGUUAAGAUUCGUUUUAGUAUUAUUGUAAAUUGAGAAAAAGUAUAUUCAGAUCAGAUUAUUAGAUUAAAAAGAAUUUUUGGAGUAAACCAGAAGUAUUGAUUUCUUAUUUGCUUAUUUGACAUUUGAGAAAUUGAGAAAACUUUUUUAUAACUUUAAAUUUCUCCUGAUUGAAAUUCUUAUAGCAGUUUUAUAAAUAAAUUUCUAGAGAAUGUAUAUCAAGACUUUCAAAAUUAGAUUUCAUCGAUUAACCAAAUAGAUUGGAAAAUUCAAGAAUGUAUCAAAGCAUUGCAUGUAAUUAUUUUUACUAAUCAAAUGCCUCAGUUGAGAGAAUAUGAAGCCUUUCUGGUUAGCUAUAACUUUGCCUGUGUUAAAAACUAUUUGUCUCAGUAUUUUGUUGCUUCUAAGUUCAUCGUAAAUACUUUGUUCAAGAUUUCUGUGCUUUGAUUUUGAUGUAUUAUUUAUCCAAGGCUCCAGCUAUGAUUAAUUGUCAAAAUAUGUGCAAUUAAAAAUAUUUUAAAUUUUUAAAAUAAAGCUGAUUUAUUAGAUAAGCGACCAAUAUUCUGAAAACUCAGUAAAGGAAAGCCAUUCAUAUUCUAAGAAUGUUUCUGAAUCUGAGAAAAAUGUCUGCCAAAAUGAUGAAUUUUCAAAUAUCAUCAACCACCAAAUAUUUAUAUGAUUUGAUUUUAAUAUCAAAAGAAAAUGUGAAAACUUCUGAUGAAUUUCUAUAUGUAGGUUUCAUUGUUUAUUUAGGAUUAUUCCAUUUCUUCCUUCCAUGCUUAUAUCUAAAUUCAGUUAGUUUACAUAUUUAUUAAGUUUAUAGAUGAAAGAAAACUAUUUUAGUUAAAGCAAGUACUUAAAAUUUUUAUAUGUAUAAAAAAAUAUAUUAUAUGUUUAUCCUAAAACCUCUCUACCUCAAAAUAUUUUUUCUGUGUUUAUGAUUUUCAGUUGUGUAUUGCUUUAAAAGUAUUGUUAGGUAAGUAUGAAUCAGUUAAUAUAAAGAAUUUCUACAAUUGGCUGAAAAUGAGAUAUGUGUCUUUCUAGUUAAAAUCAUAUGGAAAUGAGUUGAGAACUGUCUUAAUUGUUGGUGAACAUGAAGAUUGUGAAUCGAACAAUAUAAUAAUUUUCAUUGUUUGAAUCUGAUUUUUUUUUUUUUUAUGAAAUUAGUGUUUUAUUGAUUCUCCUGCAUGUGAUAAAUAUUUUUAUAAGACAUAUUUACUUAUUACUUUAGAAUAUUCCUUUCUGCAAUUUUUGUUUUAUUUAGUUACUUUGGGAUUAUAAGACCUCAGGAGUUUUAUUAAUUCAGUUUAAAUCAAAACUUUGUUAAUGGAUGUAGAGUUAUUAAUUCAACCAAAGUUGUGUUCAUUUUAUUACAAUAAACUAAGGUUGUCACAUAUUAUUAUUAAACAGAACUUAAAGGCUCCUGAUGUUUUUUUAUUAAAAUAAGUGUGUUGUACUUAAUAAAAAAUAACAAGAGCUAACAAAAUAUUGAAUAAUUAGAAUAUUGUUUUUAAAUCAGUAGUGGAUUUAGGUAUUUUACGACCCUAAGCAGUACAUUUUUAUAUAUUACUUAUUUGUUUUAGUUUAAUUUUUUUUAUUAACUGUUGCAAAUAUAUAAUUAUUUUUAUUUAUCUAUUAUAACUUUAGAGUGUCCGACAUUCACUUUUGUAUUCAAUAUUAUUGAAGCAGAUGCUUUGGUUUUAUAAAUAUUCUAAUAACUAGUGAACACAAUCGAACUUAUGGGAAUCUGACCAGUUUGUUAAUAUUAUUCUAACAUAUUUUCAUUUAUAGAAUUUUUACUUUUUUCCGAGCUUAGUUAUUUGUUAAGAAACUUUUAAAAAAAAGUUUUUUAAAUCUGGCCCAUUUUCAGUCUAGAGCUGUAGGCAGCUACCUAAUUAGAAACCCAUCACUGUCCCUAGGAUAUUUUAUCUGUUUGUAACAUUUGCAUUAAAAUUAAAUAAAAUGUUUUCUUGUCAAAGCAAAAAAAAAAUUAUCUGUUUGUAACAUUUGCAUUAAAAUUAAAUAAAAUGUUUUCUUGUCAAAGCAUUAUUUUUAUUAAUAUGAUGGAGAAAUCUAUUAUAAUUGUUAAAUUAAAUUACCAGUAAUUAAAUUGAUUAGAACAAUUACAUUUUUGUAAUUUUUUUAAUAACAAAAAAAUUUGAGAUAUUAAUAAACUGCAAAAUCUAAUUAUGCAAUUAAAUUUCAAUCCCAGUUUUCAACCCAUUGAUUAGAAAAAUGAUGUAAAAAAUUUUUCUGUUUUUAAAUUUAUAAAGCAUAGUUAAAAUUAAUAAUAAUCUUAACUAAUAUUUAAGUUCAUUUACUUUAAAUUUUGUUUUGUACAGAAAAGAUAUUUAAUCUUUGGGAUGUAAGAUUAUUAUGAAGGUUGUGCAUAAAUUUUAGAAAUUUAUUGCCGAAGAAAUUUUUUCUUAACAAACAGAGCUGUGAUAAAAGCAGAACUAUGUUCAGUAGUCUUAACCAUUUUUAGAUAAGAUUUAUUGGAAAUUUUUUGUACUUCUUAGAAAGGCCAUGCUGCAAAAAAGAGAAAAAAAAAAAAACUUUCUGAUAAUAUGAAAGAAUAAAUUGCCUUUAAUUAAAAAAAUGUUGCAAAAUAUCUAGCAUAUACAUAUAUACAAUCAAUCUUAAUUUUUUAGAAAUUUUGAAUGCAUUUCAAAUUAUGCUUUAAUUUUUUGGGUACAUGUUCUGUAUUUGUUUGAAUUUAUGUUUCCUUUUUUUUUUUUGUAUUUCUAAUUAGCUUGUCACAAUAUCAUUUAGCAGUAUAUAUUUUAACUAAUAAGAAAUAAAUGAAUUCUUAUGUAAAAACUACUGCCUUCACAUUUUCAAAAAUUUAAAUGCGCUUCAAAUAAAAAAAUCAUUUCAAAUAAAUAUGUAGUCAAACGGUUAAUGUAAAGUGAGUAUUUUAAAAAAAAAAAAAUGAUCAAGUGCAAACAAUAAUAAGUUGAAAUAAAAUUUUACUUGGUUAAGGUUUUAAGUUCUUUUUUUUCUUCUUUGUAAUUUGAGGCUAAAAGAAAUAAAUAUUUAUGCAAUUCUUUAAUGUAUUAUAUUACACAAUGAUUUCAAAAUUGGGACCUUGUAGCAUUUUAACAUAUUUCUGUUCAUGAAAUACUUUGAUUCUUGAAUACACAUGAUGUUUGGCGUUUUGAAUUUUAUUUUUUGGUUUUAAAACGUUAUUUACAUUUAUACUUAAUGGUUGGCUUUGAUAGGCAGUUUUUUGCCAUUCUUCUGUGUGCAUUGAUAUUAUCUAUAUUUUAAGUUCCUAAGUGUGCUAUGUUUCAGUAUUGCUGUGUUUAUAAUGUUUUAUAUAAUGUGUAUUGUUUAUUAUGAAUCAAUUAAGAAAAUUAGUUUGUAAAUUGAAUUUUUUGUGUAUAAUACUGGUAGAUUAUUUUCCUGUUUUAUCCAAUGUUAUGGAAAUUUGUGUCAUUCUUAUGUUUAUAAAUUAAAGGUAAAUUACUGAUAGAUGUCUUAAAAUGUGAGAUUUUGUUAUUGUUGCUAUUUUAUUUUAUAAAUUAUU